AUGGGUAAUUCGAUAUCCAGAGUGUUAGGUAAACUAUUUGGUUCACGAGAAAUGAAAAUACUAAUGUUGGGGUUAGAUAAUGCAGGUAAAACUACAAUAUUGUAUAAAUUAAAAUUAGAUAAAAUUAAAACAUCAGCUCCAACAGUUGGGUUUAAUGUCGAAACUGUGGCUUAUAAAAAUGUGAAAUUUAACAUGUGGGAUGUAGGUGGCCAAGAGAGAUUACGACCAUUAUGGAGACAUUAUUUCCCUGCUACAACGGCUUUGAUUUUUGUUAUUGAUUCUAGUGACCAUGAUAGGAUGAAGGAGGCUAAAGAAGAGUUAUAUAGUAUAAUCAGCGAAAAAGAAAUGGAAAAUGUUGUAUUAUUAGUUCUUGCCAAUAAACAAGAUUUGAAAAAUGCAAUGAAACCCCAAGAUGUAUCAGACUUCUUACAAUUGGAAACUAAUUUAAAGAAUCAAUUAUGGUGUGUUAUCGGAAGUAAUGCAUUGACAGGAAAAGGUUUAAUGGAAGGACUUUCAUGGAUUUCAAACAAUACUGCUAAGAAGUAA